AUGCCAGCGUUCACACCGCUCGGGUUCUCAAUCUCGCACCGACCAGCCGAACUGCCCGGUCCUGCCACGUGCGAGUGCCAGCUGUCCGCAACUCCGGACGAAGGCAACACAAGAAGACAAUAUCCUCCUCCACGGUAUCAUCCUCCCGCUCUCUCUCCGCAAGCUAUACAAGACCUGAAUGACAUUCUCAUGAACACGUCUCGGUGCGACGACUCUGGCCAUGUGAUCAGGUCGAAGGCCUCGAGGCGUCACCAAUCGAUUGACUUUCCCGGCUUUGAAGAACUCCAUACCACGCCUUUCGCCAACCGAAAUGGCGCAGUCGCACAAUCGAUCGAUGGCAGUGCGUAUGCGGUUGUCGGCUUGCAUGUGCGGAACAUGCUGAAAGCCCGCGACGGCGUCACCGAAGGACACCACGACGGCAAGUGGCUCCCAAAAUCUUCAGAUCAAGACCCUGCAAAGGAACGACCAAGUACAUGUCGCCAGAGUCUUCACACUCGCCAUGGAAGACUCGUGUCUUGGACAUCGUUGGACACUGCUAGUGAAGUCGUCGACCAGGACUUCGAAGAUGGGUAUCCCAGGACUUCGAUCGUGAUAAGACGCAGAUGA